UGCCAUCUCAACACACCCACAUGCGCGUCGCGGCAUGUACCUACGCCGCUCUUGUGGCGUCGGCCAUGGCGGCUCUCGACACCAACACGGACUCGAAGGGCGACAUUCUGCCAGUUCCCGAAGACGAAGGGGAUUUCUGGAACACGGACAACUUCGACCAACUGUUCAAAUUCUUCCUCGCUGCCGAAACACCAGCACCGACCACGGGUAGACCUGCACCUGCGACCACUGUCAAGGAAGUCACUAGUGCUGCGUCUGUGACCACUGCUGCGCGUGUCGCUACUCCAGCCCUGACUACUACUUUGGCGCCUGUAACUACGGCUGUCUCUGUCACUACUACCCCUGCACUAACCACUCCUGCACAUGUGACCACUGACGUUCCGGUGACCACUACUGCCCCUGCGACCAAGGUUGUGCCUGUGACUACCGCUGCCCCUGCUUCCACCCCUGCACCAACCACUCCUGCACCAGUGACCACUGACGUGCCAGUCACUACAGCUUCGCCUGUGACUACCGCAGCCCCUUUCACGACUCUCACUGAAGUUCCUAUCACUACAGCUGCACCUGUAACCACUACUGCCCCUGUGACCACUGAAGCUCCUAUCACUACAGCUGCUCCUGUGACCACUGAAGUUCCUGUCACUGCAGCUCCACCAACCACUGCUGCGCCUCUGCACCGGUCACUACUGCUGUCCCGUAUACCUGUGACCACUGACGUUCCUAUUACUACUGCUGCACCUGUCACUACUGCUGUCCCGGUGACCACUGCUGCACCUGUGACCACUGACGUUCCUAUUACUACCGGCGUCCCUAUCACUACUGUGGCGCCUGUGACCACUCCUGCACCUGUGACCACGGACGUUCCUAUUACUACCGGCGUCCCUGUCACUACUGUUACGCCUAUUACCACUGCUGCACCUGUGACCACUAGUAUACCUGUGACCACUGACGUUCCUAUUACUACUGCUGCACCUGUCACUACUGCUGUCCCGGUGACCACUGCUGCACCUGUGACCACUGACGUUCCUAUUACUACCGGCGUCCCUAUCACUACUGCUGCGCCUAUUACCACUGGUAUUCCUGUGACCACUGAUGUCCCAAUCACUACUGGGGUUCCUGUCACUACUGCUGCGCCAGUCACUACUGGCAUACCUGUCACUACAGAUGUCCCAAUCACUACCGGCGUCCCUGUUACUACUGCUGCGCCUGUGACCACUGGGAUUCCUGUCACUACUGACGUUCCUAUUACCACGGGUACUGCUGUCACGUCGGCUGCCCCUGUGACCACUGGCAUUCCUGUCACUACUGACGUUCCGAUCACCACGGGUAUCCCUGUCACUACUCCUGUCACUACUGACAUUCCUAUUACCACGGGUACCGCCGUGACCUCGGCUGCCCCUGUCACUACGAGCGCCCCUGCCACCACCGACGUGGCCACGUCCGCCCCCCCCAAGACGUUCACGAUCCUUCCCACCGACAUCGUCGUGGCGACCACCGAGCUGCCCGUGACGGCCAGCGUCGUGUCGCAGGAGCUCCUGAACGGCACGACGCGGUCGCCGACCCUCUCGACGACCCAAGCCCCGCUGGAAUCGCUGGUCGAGAAGACGUCUGUGCCCAAGGUGGCGGUCCCCGGUGCCCCGAACGGAGACGGCAGCAAGCUCCAAGGCGAGGAGGUCGCACCGGACAACAACAGCAACCGCCAAGACAAGCGCCGCGACGACUUGGCGGGCAAGACUGACGAAGAGAUCCAGGACAUCAAGGCCACCAUCACCUCUGGGUACGAGUCCAAAACCGAGCAGACGCUGCGGUACGUGAGCUCGUCCGUGGUCGGCAUCACGCUGGUGUUGCUCGCUUUCUUCCAGUUCAUCGCCAUGAAUCCAUCGUACAUCCUGCCCGACUCGCCAUCCGACCGCCUCGCCGCGCCCAACUCGUGGGAGUUCCCGGCCUUUGUCUUCUUCAUCCAGCAAGUGGGCGUGCUCUCCCUCGCUAAAAACACCAAAGUGCCCCACAAGUUCUACGUCAGCUUUCUCGACUCGCUCAGCUGGCUUGUAUUUUUGAUCCGCGGGUCUCCGUCUGCCGACUCGAACAACGCGGCCGUGUCCAGCUCCCAACUCGUCGCGAUCGGCGGCGGCCGGUCGCUCGUGGAGUCGUCCACGUACGACGCCCAGGGCAAGAUUCAGUUUUCGUUGCGCUCGGACGUGAAUGAUAAGGACUGGUUCAUGCGGGUAUGGGUAGCCGUGCUCGUGGUCAUCGCGGUGCUCAUGGUGUUUGUGAUCUGUACUGCGCUGAUUUCGCAGUGGGUGGCCCAGCGCGGUAACCCGUUCCACUCGGACACGACCGACUCGCACAAGCGGUCCGUGAGCUUCCGCAGCAUCUCGCGCCGCCUCCUCGGCAUGUGCGUGCUCGUCGGGUUCUUCUCCAUCCUCCCCCUGUCUAUGAUUUCCAUGUUUGAAGUGCUGCAGGAUGCGUCCACCGCCGGGUUUCCCCACAUAUAUGCGAUACUGUCCCUUGUGACGCUGGCCUUGGUCGUUGGCUCGGUACUCUACGGCAUGUACGCGCUGCAGUCGCUCACCGAAGCCGGUCUGUCCAAGUGGCGCACCCGCGUGGUGUGGGGUGUCGUCUACUCCAACUACCACUACACGAGUCGCCUCUUCUUUGCCGCCGGCGCCCUCGUCCAGUUCCUCACGGGUAUAUUGGUGGCCGCCGUCACCGGCGACGCCUUCGUCCAGCUCCUUUGCCUCGUGAUUGUGCACGCUUUGUACCUGGUGAGCAUGUUUGUGCUGCAGCCGUUCGUGUGCAACGUGCACUUCAAGUUCGCCAUUGGCUUCCAAGUGCUCAUUUUGGUCGUGUUCUCGCUCGCGUGUGGCCUCGCCGGCGACUCGAUCUCCAACGACACCCAGCUCAACUUGUCCUACGCCGUCGUAAUCCUCCUCAUCAUUGUGUUUGUCGUCAUGUUCAUCCGCCAGCUGUACAUGCUCUGGACGUACGCGUCCGCGUGGGCCAAGGACGAGCAUGAUAGCGUCACAGGCAUGCCGACCCUCCACGACCACGAGAUUGAGUCUGGCUGCGGCAACUACACCAUCUCCCUGCGCGACACGGAAGACCACGGGCACUCAUCGGGCGGAAAGAACGCCGUUUCACUUCACAACAGUGGUGGUGACGACAGCCCCAUGAACACGAUUCGCAUCGUCGAUACCAACUCCAAGCGCCACCUGUAA